AUGGCGGAUAUGAAGGCAGCCGGCGCAAACCACAUGAACGGGUCCGCGACGCCCAUACAAACGCCAAACCCCUACGAAACCAAUCCUGAUCGCAUCCCCAGUGACGACCCGUUUCUCACUCAGAGCGCACAAUAUGGUCGCUAUGCACCGAGCGAUGACGAUUUCAUUCCUCGCUUCAUGCAGUGGUAUCAGCCGGACCCGGAAGUGAACGCGUUUUGGGAGGGUGUUGCACAGAGAUAUUGUACCCCGGAUCAUUCGCUUCACAUAUCGGGGCCGAGGGAGGCGUUUGCUGCUGGAAGUAUAAUCAUUUGGGUUGACCGUCAGCUGGCAGAUGGUGCCCUAGCGGAGAGAUACACCUGCGCCAAUGAGAAUGAAUUAUUUGCGGCGCGGAAGGCAGAGGACUCGCUCAGAGAGAUCGGUGUUUCAGUGCCAGUGAUAUAUUUCUGCGGCAAGAUCGAGGAGAGAAAUGUCACAAUCGAGUCUCGGAUUCCGGGUGUUUCGCUGGACGUUGCAUGGAGGUAUCUUGACACGAGCCAGAUUGACGCCCUGAAGAAUCAGUGUCGUCAGAUCCUACAGGUCCUCGGUACAAUUGACUCGCCCUCGAACGAACCCUCUUACGUAUCCUCCGCACUCAAUUCACAAACACCGCCCUCCGUCGAACCUCGCGAGCGAGAUAUCCUGUUCACAGAUAAAGGCAAUGAUGAGGAAUUACGUUUAACACACAACAAUUUAAUUAAGAGCAACAUUGUCAUUCGGGACGAUCGAAUCGUGGGAAUUGCUGGUUGGCGACAAUGCGGGUAUUUUGGCAAUAUCAGAGCCAACAAGGUCCAUCGACUCUUCAGGGAUGUGCCUCAGAACAGCAGCGACAGUUCCGAGAAGUCACACACCUGGGCUGACCUUUACGAUGGUGCUUAUGACCCCGCCAAAGGUGCUCCGCUAGUCGCGAACCAAGAUACAGCUUUGCCUUCAGUUAAAACUGAACCAACAAGCUCCACUUUGGACAGAUUCCCCGCCAAUGAUGACUUCGAUACCAAGUCAGUCGGCUUCGAUGGAACAGACGACUACCCGACUUCAAAGAAAGUCGCCGAUCUAAAGCACGGGCUGACGUCGAGGGCAUCCUCGUCUGACCGAUCAUCACCAGCAAACUCGGUGAAACCAUCAAACAAAAAGCCCGCAGGCAACACCACCAAGAAAGGAACUGCCAAAAAGCCUGCGCCAAAAAAGCGCAAGGUGAACGACGCAGACGCAGACAGCGUCGAUGGGCGCCGUUCCAAUACACCAGUCUCCCGGACUAGCAAGACUCCCGGAAAGAAACAAGGAUCCGUUUCGAUAGCAGGAUCACCAGCACCCGAAGAGAAGAAAAAGCCCAGAAAGAAAGGACCCAAAGCAGCCGCCGAGGAUGAUGAUGACGACUUUGACGAAAAUGCAGUCUUUUGUAUUUGCCGCCGACCUGAUAACCAUACCUGGAUGAUUGGCUGCGACGGCGACUGUGAUGAUUGGUACCAUGGCAAAUGUGUCAACAUGCACCCCCGAGACGCAGAUCUGAUCGAUCGGUAUAUCUGUCCGAAAUGUGCAAGUGAAGGCAAGGGAUACACAACCUGGAAACCAAUGUGCCGUCUCGUCGAGUGCCGUAAACCCGCUCGCGUCACGCGCAAUAACCCGAGCAAAUACUGCUGUGAUGACCAUGGCCGAGAGUUCAUGCGCCAGCAAACCCGACAGCUCAAGACCAAGGCCCAUCAGACAAAGGGCCUCUUCGAAGACCUGGGUAGCAUGGGUGGUAUCCUCACAGCCGGCGACCUGAAAGCCGCCAUCAUGGGCGUAUCAUCCACACAAGAAUUCCGAACACUCGGAGACCGAAUCGUCUCCCCUCCACCAGACACCGACAAUACAGAAUCCAGCCCGACUGAUACCAAUCCUACGUCCCACUCGAAAAGUGGCAAAUGGUUAAGCGUCGACGUUUACGCCGAAGGCACAGAAUAUUCACCAGACGAAAUCGCCAAGAUCGAAAAACUCCGUAAACAACAUGAAGAACUAAUCCACCGCAAAGAAAUGCUCACCGCACGCUCAACAUUCGUAUCCCUCCUCCGCCCCCGAGCCAAAGGCAUCGUCGAAAAAUUAAAACAGCACGAGCCAAAAGGCGGCUGGAAAGACAUCUGCGGCUUCGACUCAAGACUUUCCUGGUCCGACGAGGAAUUCGACGAAUGGCGACUCUCAGAAUCUGGACAGAAAGCUCUGGCAGAGGGUACAGUCGAAGCCUUGGCUGCGAGCUACCGUUCCACCACCGAUGCAGAUGGCGAUACAGCCAUGGACGGCGAAACCGAAGACAGCAUUACAGUGUUGACGCAGGGCGUCUGCACAAAGAAGCGGUGCGAGAGACAUAAACAGUGGAUGAAGGUUCAGCAGCAGGAUAUCCUCUUCGAAGAGGAGACUGCCGCACAGGAUCUUGCUAAGUGUGAGGAAGAGGCGAAAUCUGUUGUUGAGAGGGGUGUUAUGCGGAAAUGGGCUGAGAGGGAUAUCACCCUCUGA